AUGUCGUACAGACCGGUCGCUGCUUCCGCGCAAUGGGCGCGCAUGCUGAGCCGAGGCGGACGGCCCAUCGCGAGGACGAUAAUUGCUAGCCAACGCAUCCCCUGCACAACCUCCGUUUCUCGACACGUACAAUGCCAACUACGUACGAUUGGGUCGACAGCUGCGAACCGCGCGACCCUCGCCAGUGAAUCCUCUACCGAAACCUCAUGGGCUGCUUCUUCAGGCGAGCAACGGCGAGGGCCUCAGACCCUGACUGAAAAGAUUAUCCAGGACCACGCCGUUGGGUUGCCUCCAGGAAAGACUGUCCGUAGCGGUGACUACGUUCAGAUUCAACCGUGGAGAGUAAUGACACACGACAAUACACUCGCCUGCGCCAAGAAGUUCCACUCCAUGAAUGUACCCGAGGUCAAGAACCCCGAUCAGUUGGUGUUCGCGCUAGAUCAUGCGAUUCAGGACAAAUCUGAGGCCAAUCUUAAAAAGUACGAGAUGAUUGAGGCCUUUGCGAAGAAGCACGGUGUUGCCUUCUACGGUGCCGGGCACGGCAUCUCUCAUCAAAUUAUGAUUGAGGAAUUAUACGUUUGGCCAGGCAAGCUAUGCGUAGGCUCGGAUUCUCACUCGACAAGUUACUCAGCGCUUGGUGCUGGAGGGUUCUCUGUGGUGCGAACAGACGCCGCCGGCAUCUGGGCAACCGGCAAGAGUUGGUUCCAGGUUCCUCCGGUUGCCAAGGUCAAUCUGACUGGUGUUCUCCCCCCUGGAGUUGCCGGAAAGGACGUCAUCGUUGCGCUAUGUGGGUUGUUCCAAAGCGAUGUCCUCAAUCAUGCGGUAGAGUUCUCGGGAUCCGAGGAGACCAUGGCCAGCAUCCCGAUUUGCGAUAGAAUCAGCAUAUCGAACAUGACAACGGAAUGGGGUGCGCUCACAGGACUGUUCCCCGUAGACAAGACUCUUGAGCGUUGGCUGCGGUACAAGGCGACGGAAGCGGCCAUGUUCCCUGACCGAACCACAAAGGACCGAAUCACGCACGAGAAAGUGGAUGAACUUUUUGCGAACCCCAUCAAGGCCGACCCCGAUGCCCAGUAUGCCAAACAGUUGUACAUCAACCUUUCCACCGUCUCGCCAUACGUUUCAGGUCCCAACUCUGUCAAAAUCUCGACUCCACUCAAUGAGCUUGCACCGCAGAAGAUCAAAGUUGACAGGGCGUACAUUAUAUCAUGCACCAACAGUCGAGCCCCCGACAUUGCAGCCGCAGCCAAGGUAUUCAUUGACGCCGCCAAGGAGAAUGGCGGGAAGAUCCCUAAGAUUGCGGAUGGAGUCAAGUUCUACAUUGCGGCCGCUUCGGCCCGCGAGCAGGAGGCUGCAGAGGAUGCAGGCGACUGGCAAGUAUUGGUUGAAGCCGGCGCGAUCCAGCUCCCCUCAGGCUGCGGCCCUUGCAUUGGCCUUGAACCCGGUCUUCUGGAAGCCGGAGAGGUUGGCAUCUCGGCCUCCAACCGCAACUUCAAGGGGCGCAUGGGAAGUCGCGAGGCGUUAGCCUAUCUAGCAAGUCCAGAAGUUGUGGCUGCCAGCGCUCUGAGCGGCGUGAUUUCCGGGACGCAGUCCUUCCAAGUCCCUGAUAAUUACCAGGGCGUUGAGCAUGGCUACGGCACCGGAGCACCGGAGACGGUGGAGAGCCAGCUUGGGAAUGUCCUCGAGCAGCUCGAAUCUCUCAUCGAUCGCGUCGAAUCCUCCGUCGGCGGCGAGGCGGAGGAGGAGGGCGGCGGUACCAAGAUCCUCCCCGGCUUCCCGGAGAAGAUUACUGGUGAGAUUGUCUUUUGCGACAUGGACAACCUAGACACAGACAACAUCUACGCCGGCAAAUACACGUACCAGGACGACAUCACCAAGGAGACCAUGGCGAAGGUAUGCAUGGAGAACUACGACCCGACGUUUGGCGACGUUGCCAAGCCUAACGACAUUCUUGUGUCGGGGUUCAACUUUGGCUGCGGCAGCUCGCGAGAGCAGGCAGCAACAGCUCUGCUGGCAAAGCAGAUCCCGCUCGUAGUGUCGGGAAGCUUCGGCAGCAUCUUUUCCCGCAACAGCGUAAACAACGGGCUGCUGGGGCUCGAGGUGCCGCGCCUGGUCGAGCGCCUGCGCGCCACGUUCGCCGACAAGAUUCCGACGCGGCGCACGGGCUGGACCCUCACGUGGGACGUUGCCCGGAGCGUCGUGCAGGUGCAGGAGGGCGAGGGCGGCGAGCAGUGGGAGGAGAAGGUGGGCGAGUUCCCCGAGAACCUGCAGGAGAUUAUCGCAAAGGGCGGCCUGGAGAAGUGGAUUAUGUCCCAGGUGGCAGAGGCGUAG